AACGGCUCCAAACGUGCCAGCGCUAGAGCUAUGCCUGGCUGCCUCCGCGUGGUACAUUGAAGGGAGGGCAGCCCCACGACGCGCCAUGCGCGGCCCCACGGUUUACCUCCUCCUGGCCACCGUAAGAUCAGAGGACUGGGUCCAAAAAACCACUGACAAUAUAGAACGAGCCUGGCCCUCGGCCCUCGACCGGAGACUUAGUACAGGAGGCGCCUGCGACGCCGACGCCGCCCUCACGACCUUCCAGAAGUGCCUGAAGGCGCAGUGCCCGACGAUCAUCGACAGUAAAGCGGCGACGCUUUACGUGUUUCCAGCACAAAAUGACACCGCGACCACCUGCCAAGAAGCGAGAGAACUCCCUGCUUUCAGAGACGCCUGCUGCGCGUCGCAGCUCAUCGAGUACGCCUGCGGGCACCACCGAUCUUAUGUGGGGGAGGGCGCGAAGGGCUACCAGCAGGCCAAGGCCAUGGCCAUCCAGCAAAGGAACUCGCUGAAGUGGGUCGAGGGGGAAGAUUAUGACGAUAGUGGCUGUCGGGACGCGUGGCGGGCCGUCGUGGAAUGUGUCUGGCACAACGGUGUAACGAAUAAGGGCCUCGACUGCGACAUGACGUGCCCCGAGCCGAGGACGCCCGCGCCAUCCAUGGCGCCGUCUUCCACAAACCAAAUCUACCCCACGAAGAUGCCCACGAUGCCCGAAAGUCACCUGGAAAAGUGCCCCUGCUCCAGCGACUGGGGCUGGGACCGCAAAUCCCUCGGGAACGGCUGGGCCGACGGCAGCGGCAAGCCUGGUAGUCAUGAGGGCGGCGCCGACCCGAACGACCCGGACCACUGGCGCUGCCGCCACGCGCUCGGCGGCGGGCCGGGCGGUUCUGGGAGGCGCGGCGGGCCGCGGCCCAAAUCCGAGGGCCAGGAGGGCACGAAGAAGGCCAAGGGCCGCUACAACGGCCACCGGGGCGAGUGCGGGCCGCGCCUGCCCGACGAGGGCCGGGCCGCCGGCGGGCCGCGGUCCGCGAACGCGGACCUGUACCCGCCGUGCGCCGUGAAUGCCGCGCUCCCGUCCGCGCCGGGGGUCGCGCUGCUCCUGUUCGCGGCGUUCGUCGCGUAAGAUUGCUUGUGUA